UUGUUUGGGUGUGCUUGUAGCGGAAAAAUGGCGGCAGAUACAGGCAGAUACAGGAGCGCUGUCACCAAAAGCAAAGACCCCUCCGGUUUACUUAUUUCUGUCAUAAGGACCCUGUCCAGCAGUGAUGACGUGCAGGACCGAGAGACUGAGAAGGGCCGUCUGGAGGAGGCAUACGAGAAGUGUGACCAUGACCUGGACGAGCUGAUUGUCCAACACUACACAGAACUCACCACGGCCAUUCGCACCUACCAAAGCAUCACAGAGAGAAUCACCAGCUCUCGCAACAAGAUCAAACAGGUUAAGGAGAACUUGUUGUCCUGUAAGAUGCUCCUUCAUUGUAAGCGAGAUGAACUGAGGAAGCUCUGGAUCGAGGGUGUUGAGCACAAACACGUUCUCAGCCUUCUGGAUGAGAUUGAGAACAUCAAACAAGUUCCUCAGAAACUGGAAGCAUCCAUGGCCAGCAAACACUACCUGUAUGCUACAGAUAUGCUGGUGUCUGCUGUGGAUUCUCUGGAAGGACCACUGCUACAGGUGGAGGGUCUCAGCGACCUGCGGCUGGAGCUCCACAGCAAGAAGCUCAACAUCCAUGUGGUGCUAAUCGACGAGCUUCAUCGACACCUCUACAUCAAGUCCACCAGUCGCGUGGGUCACCGCGCCAAAGACAAGGAGAAGGGCCGGUCUGCUUUAAAGGACACGUCUAUUUUGGAUGUCAGCGGUUUGUCCACGCCACGCAAGCUCACAGAACCAUCACAGUUCAGCACUCCAGGAACAUCCAGCGUGCGCGAGCUCCAGGAAAUGAGAGAGCAGCUAGAUGUGGACCCGGAGGAAAACAGUGCUGAGUUCAUGGGGAUCCUGAUCAAAGCUCUAGCCAAACUCAAGAAGAUCCCCGAGACCAUUAAAGCCAUCAUGGAGCGUCUCGAACCCGAGCUCAAGCAGAUCCUCAAGAGAUCCACCACUCAGAUCGCAGACCACGCCUACCAGAGAGGAGAGAGCCUGGCACAGGACAACCAGCCCAGGUUGCUGCUGGAACUGCUGGAGCUGUUGUUUGAUAAGUUAAACGCAGUGGCCCAGGCUCACAGCGUGGUUCUGAGACACCUGCAGCAGAUUGUGGUCUCUCCCAGCGGAGCCCACGAGGGAAUCAAACUUUACGAGCAUGCUGAUGUCUAUGCCAAGAUCCAAACGGUUCUACAGGUGCUGCUAAUGGACUACCUGGAUGUCAAAAACACCCGUAGCGCUGCUGAACCAUCUGCCCAGCUGUCCUACGCCAGCACUGGUGGAGACUUCGGUGCGUUUUUCGCCAAGAAGAAACCUGUCCGACCCAAACAGUCUUUGUUCAAGUUUGAGUCUUCCUCCCACGCCAUCAGCAUGAGCGCGUACCUGCGAGAGCAGCGCCGGGAACUCUACAGCAAGAGCGGGGAGCUGCAAGGUGGAGCCGAUGAUAACCUGAUCGAGGGAGGAGAGACCAAGUUCCUUUGUAAACCGGGGGCGAGAAACAUCACGGUCAUCUUUCAACCAUUGCUCAGGUUCAUCCAGGAGAUUGAGUCACGUAUGGGUCCAGCUCAGGCCAAGCAGUGUCAGCUACGCACCUUCCUCACCUACUACAUCAACGACCUGUUCCUCAGCCAGGUUCGCACAGAGACCAGUAAGGAGAUUGAAACUGUGACCAAAGUGUCUGACCCACUCAAGAUCCUGGCCAACGCAGACACCAUGAAAAACCUGGGGGUUCAAAGACCCCUUCUACAGAAUACCGUAGUUGUGGAGAAGUCCAUUCAGGAUCUGAUGAGUCUGAUGCAGGAUCUCAGCGCAUAUUCCAACCAGUUUCUAGAGAUGGUGUGUGACAAACUCAAGGAGUACAAGCAGAUCUGCAAUUCUGCGUACAGAGGUAUCGUUCAGUCUGAGGAGAAGCUGAUCAUCAGUGCGUCUUGGGCUAAAGAUGAAGAUAUCAGCCGCCUGCUGCAGUCGCUGCCCAACUGGGCCAGCAUGACCCAACCAAGACAGGUCCGACAGAAGAGAGAGGAGGAAGAGGACUUCACACGGGUGGCGUUCGCCAAGGAGUCUGAAGUUUUGACGGGGAAUCUGGGCGAUAAGUUGAUUCCUCAGAAUGAGAUUUUGAGAGACGUGAGUGAUCUGAAGGCUCUCGCUAACCUGCAGGAGAGCAUGGAGUGGCUCGCCUGCCGCCUCAAGGGAUUCUUCAGCAACCUCACCCAAAGCUCAAGCUCAGACGCCCAGGUAAGCAGUGAGAGCGUACGCAGCCGAGAGCAGAUCCUCCAGACGUUGACCGACCUGUCCAGAUCCUUCCAGGACAUCGCUGACCGUUGCCUGCUAGUUCUGCAUCUAGAGGUCAGAGUCCACUGUUUUCAUUAUCUGAUCCCUCUGGCUAAACAAGGCAACUACGCCAUCGUGGCCAAUGCAGCCAGCAUGGACUACGACCCCCUGGUGGUGAAGUUGAAUAAAGACAUCAGUGCCAUAGAGGAAGUGAUGGGAGCCGGCCUGCAACAGCACAAAUUCCAGUAUAUUUUUGAGGGCCUGGGUCACCUGAUCUCCUGUAUCCUGAUAAAUGGGGCUCAGUACUUUAAGCGCAUCAGUGAGUCGGGCAUCAAAAAGAUGUGCAGGAACAUUUUCGUGCUCCAGCAGAACCUCACCAACAUCACAAUGUCGCGCGAGGCCGAUCUGGAUUUCGCCAGGCAGUACUAUGAGAUGUUGUAUAACCAAGCCGACGAGCUGCUCAACCUGGUGGUUGAUCAAGGGGUGAGAUACACCGAGCUGGAGUACAUCAACGCAUUGAGUCUCCUGCAUCGCAGCCAGACGGGCGUGGGCGAACAGACCGUGCAAAACGUGCGUCUGCAGCGGCUCAAAGAAAUCAUCUGCGAGCAGGCCGCCAUUAAACAGGCCACUAAGGACAAGAAGAUCACAACAGUCUAGACUGAGAGCAUCUUCUGUUUGAGUUACUGCCGUUUGUCUGGAUCACACAUGUGUAGACCAGUGAUGACAGCAGCACUUCCUGUUUCAGGAAUUUUGAACACUAAACGAACAAAACAGAACAUUUAAAUCUGAAUCAAAAUGUUGAACAUCUGUUAGACGUAAUGUGAAAUAAAAAAAUUAUCAUAAAAUACUGAAACAGGAAGUGCUUUCAAAAUGGUCUAUAGCCAUGCCGAUCAAAAGUGCUUUGUAGAUUUGCAUCUGAAUUACAGUUUUGUUUGUUUCAUCUUUUUUAUGUGGUUGGUUAGACACAUUUCAGAAUAGGCAACACACAGCGGACACACAAACACAUUCACAGAAGGAGCAUUUUCAUAACUGAAUCCCUCGUCUGGUAGGACCAGGCCACACCUUUCAGAAUGAGAGGAAGGAUUCUCUCGCUGUGGCUCGGGGACAUUUUCUUCUCAUUUUCUUUCUUUAUCAAACCGCUGCUCUCAAUUAUAUAAUCUUCCUUCGCGUCGUCGCCGUGCACGGCCUGAAGCUUGUGCCUGGAAUAACAGAUGCCAGAUUAGAACGGUGGACUUCUAUCAGGCUUAAAGAAACGGCGUGCCCCGCUUUUGUUGAUUUGUUCUGCUUUUCCAGGAGAGGAAAUAGGAAUUGCUAAACUCAUUUGGCAUUUCUUGAAAUGUCCCCUCUAUUGCUUAUUGUCAAUUUUGCUGUUUCAAGUAUAAUUAGUUGUGUGUGUUGUCCAUUUGCUGAUUCUGUAUAAAUGGACCAUCAUUGACUUUGAUGGCAUUAUGACGUAACACCACAAUCAAAACAUUUUUUGUGGCUCAGUCUAUAUACAAGUAGAGUUUAGCAUCAUUCCAACUUUUUCUCUUAUUUUUUAAACCACAUCUCAUUCAAACAAAUUAAAAGGAAUAGUACUUAACAAGAGAGAAAGAGAAAGCCCUGUCGAUAAAGAACUUAGACAUAAAGCAGGAAAGCCUCAGCAAUCCAUUAUAAUAAUUCGACCACCCAUAAAAAUCAAUAAUUUCCAAAGAGAGUAACACAGUGACAACAUCUCAUAUUCUCAACACAUUAAAAUCGUGGAGUUAAAACAUUGUUGCAUGAAUGUUAUAGACAUGUUACAUGAAUGAAAAGACAAGAAAUUGUCUUUGUGUGUUUAAGUGUCAUUACAGGGCUGACUCAUAUAUACUCCUUUUAGCUUUUUCUUUAUUUAAUAAAUCAUUUUGAUUUGAAUGUCAAUUAAGACAUAACCAAAACGGAUUCAGAUGAGGUUUGCACAAUAUCAGAUAAACACUAUUUCUUGCAUUGUUUUUUUUUGUAGGCUACUUUGUUUAGUGUUUAACAACAUUUGAGAUGUUGAUUAAAGGGGUGUACAUGCUUGUAAAUUACAUUUAAUUGUGUAUAAGCCUUCAUUGUCACAAUGCUCACACAGAUCUGGACUACUGAAGUUGAAAUUGCCAAUGUAAACAUGAAAAUAAAAUGAAUUUAACAAAC